UCACAUUCACUAAUCUGUAACAAGAGCGGUGCGUAGCGUUCGUAGUAUUAUGCGGGAAAUUGAGACAAUAUGUCUCUACCCCCGCAUAUACCCGAUCCAAAUGGAAGUGACAACGAAUACGUGCAUAUACGAUGCCUCAUUGCAAACAUACACAAACAAAAAAAUGUAUCGAGACCUCCAUCUACGGCGUCAGAUAAGGGUUCAGUAUUAGAAGUUGUCAAAGAAUCACCGACAUCUUCGGACUCGGAGAAUUGUUCAGGAUCGGAUAUCUCCAAGCCAGACGUAACUGAAGAACUAACGCCGCCACCACGUGCUAAAAGUAACAGCUUCGCAGGUUCUAUGCUGUCACUUCCGAUGCAGCAUAACAAAAGACGUCGGCCUUCGUUCCUUCAUCUGCAAAUCGGCGGUAAUUCAGAAAGUCCGGGACCUGUCUCAGCCGGACCCCACCUCAGCGUUCCCCGGUUCACCGUGACUGCCCCGCCCGGAGAGCACCACCGUCGUUUCAGUCAUGGCUUCGCAGCAUUCCAUGGAUUCGCAUUGCGACGUCACUCCAACACGAGCCUCCACCGCAGCGAGUCGAUGGUGUCUCUCGCGUGCUUCAGGACCCUUUCCCAGUUGGUGAAUAGUGAGAACGUUAGUGAACUUCAGCAGUAUCUUGCGAACAACAAAAAUGUCAACAUCGACGACAAAGAUGAGAAUGGUACGACAUCACUCAUGGUCGCUGCGGAGAACGGUCGUACGGACGCGGUCAGCUUACUUCUGGAAGCGGGAGCGGACGCGGGUGCUGCCGACGCUGACGGGUGGACACCUUUGGCUUUCGCAGCGCGCGGCGGGUACUUGCCCAUUGUACGAGAGCUAUUAGAUGCAAAAUCACGUGUCGACCCCAGAGACUGUGGCGGCUGGACUCCUCUCAUGUGGGCCUCUUACAAAGGUAAUGAAGAUGUAGUGGCCCUAUUACUGGAAAGCGGAGCCGACGUACAUGCACAUGGAAAUUACAACAUCAACUCGUUGGUGUGGGCGGCGGGGCGACGUCACAGCGGCGUCGUGACGCGCUUGCUGGCGGCGGGCGCGCGCGCUAACUCGUGCGACAAGUACGCGACCUCGGCGCUCACGUGGGCCGCGAGGGCCGGUGACGUCACGGCGUGCGCCGCGCUGCUACGCGCCGGGGCCGACCCCAACACCGCCGGCAUGUACUGCUGGACCCCGCUGCUUCAGGCCACGCAAGGUAAUCACUUUGAGAUCGUCCAAAUGCUCUUGGAACACAAGCCCAACGUAAAUGCUUUAGACAAGGAUGGCUACACAGCUCUCGCUAUAGCCUGCAAGGAAGGCUACUUUGACAUCGCCUUAGCUCUCAUCAACUCUGGUGCUUAUAUUAAUGUUCAGGAUCACUCGAAAGACACGCCGCUGAUACAUGCUGUUAAAGGAGGUCACAAGAACAUAGUGGAGACCCUACUGAAGAAGCACGUCGAUGUCGAUCUAGCCGGGAAAGAAAAGAAAACCCCCGUCUACACUGCCGUCGAGAAAGGACAUGUGCCCGUUCUCAAGCUUUUGCUCGCUUCUAACCCCGAUCUGGAGCAUUGUACUGCGAGCGGAGACACUCCACUGCUACGGGCCGUGAGGUCCCGGAAUGCGGAGAUGGUUCAGUUGCUGUUGGAGCGGAAGGCGCGCGUCACCGUGGCCGACAACCGCGGCGACACCGCACUGCACAUCGCCAUGAGAGCCAGGUCUAAGCAAAUCGUCGAAAUAUUAUUAAGGAAUCCAAAGCACAGUCAACUUUUGUACAAGCCUAAUAAACUAAACGAGACUCCGUACAAUAUAGACAUGAAUUACAACAAGACAAUAUUGGGUCAAAUAUUCGGUGCUCGAAAACUGAAUACGAAUGAGGACAACGAGAAUAUGCUGGGCUACGAGCUGUACAGCGCGGCCCUGGCGGACAUGCUCUCGGAGCCCAGUCUGUCUGUCCCCAUCACGGUGGGCCUGUACGCGAGGUGGGGCUCGGGAAAAUCGUUUUUACUGAAAAAACUUAAAGAGGAGAUGAAGAACUUCGCUCGGCAGUGGAGCGAGUCUGGGUGGGCCUGGUCGUGGGCGGUGUGGUGGGGCGCGUGGCACGCGGCGCUGGGCGUGGCCGUGCUGUGCGCCGUGGCGGGCGCGCCGCCGCACCUCGCCGCCGCGCUCUGCUUCGGGCUCUUCGCCGCCAUCUACCUCGUGCUCUACCUGCUCUGGUACACAGGCAACCGAUACGAGUGGUGGUGGGCGGGAGGAGUGGUUUCUACUUUGGGUCGGAAAUUCAGUUCGUUACUGCUGGUGCUGCAAGUUGUAUUCUGUCAUCCUCCUGGACCGAACGAUCCGCGUGCUUUACCCGCUACUCCGAUAAGAUUUCAUUUCACGGAGGGCAUGAGAGGUGGCGGACAGGAGGGAGACGCCAUGGUGGUGCAGAUGAUCGCGAGCCUGGCUGAGGCUCUCGAGUGUCAGUACGGGCGCGUCUGCACGAGACUAGCGCGAGCUUUUAGACCUAAACCGGUAUCUUCGACUUCUGGGUGGAAAUGGCGUAAAGUAUGCUGCAUUCCACACAUCAUCACGUUCGAGCUGUGCUUCACGUGCAUGCUCGUCGGGAUCUGCGUACUCGUAAUGUACUUGACUGAAAAUAGUGAGAAUCAACAACGGCGCAACAUCCAACAGUGGCUGAUGAUAGGCGCGGCGUGCGUGGCGGGCGCGGGCGUGCUCGCCAACCUGUACACGUGCGGGCGCGUGCUCGCCUCGCUCGCGGUGACGCCGCGCCGCAGCCUGGCGCGGGCGCUGCGACGGGACGCACCCACCGUCGCACUCCGCCCGCACGUGCACGCGCUCACACACAUGGUGUCAUGUCUGGAUGCGUUCACGGGGCAGCAGACGCGGCUGGUGGUGGUGGUGGACGCCCUGGACAGCUGCGAGCAAGAGAAGGUCCUCACGUUACUGAACGCUGUGCACGCGCUGUGCUCCGACCCCAAUAGUCCUUUUAUACUCCUACUCGCCAUAGACCCGCACAUCAUCGCUAAGGCGGUAGAAAUGAACAGUCGUCGAACAUUCUCUGAGAGUAACAUCGGUGGUUGGGAUUACUUGCGGAACAUGGUGCAGCUGCCGUUCUACCUCCAGAACUCGGCCCUCCGCAGAGUGAAGUUGGCCCAGCAGACGGCCACCAAGCGGAUGCAACCGACCGCCGCGGAGGACUUCUCCACCUCUCUCCAGAGAUCCGUGUCGGCCCGGCGCCUGUCGUCCACGUCGGAGCUGAUGUCGAGCCAGGAGCGCAUCAAGAGCCAGAGCAAGGAGGCGGGGCGCGCGCGGCGCCUGCGCCCCUCCGAGUCGGUGGCGUCGUCCGUGGCGUCCGGCCUGCACCGCGCCGCGCCCGUGGCCGACCUGGGCCGCGUCAUGCUCACCGACGACUACUUCAGCGACGUCAACCCGCGCAGCAUGACCCGCCUCAUGAACGUGCUCUACAUCACAGGUCGCCUCCUCAAAGCAUUCCAAAUAGAAUUCAACUGGUAUCAGUUGGCUUCGUGGGUGAAUCUGACGGAACAGUGGCCGUUCCGAACGUCGUGGAUCAUCUACCACCACGAGACGUACGAAGAGCACAUAGACGACACCACCUCCCUAAAGAACAUUUACGAGAAAGUCAAACCCCUGAUGAACGGGCUCCGCGAAGCCGGCACGCUGAUGGAAUUGGAUCGCGACGAGCGCAAGCUGGAAGUGUUCCUCAGCUUCCAUCGGUCCACCCUCACCGCUGCCGAUCUGAAGAUCUUCCUGCCCUUUACGAUCAACUUGGAUCCAUACAUCAAGAAAGUGAUUAAAGAGGAGCACGCCCAGACGAACGGGGAAGACGAGAUGGGUGCCGGAGCAGCCGCGGGCCCUGCGUGGGGAGCUCCACAACAACCUAAACAACCUACAUCGAAACUCUUUAACAGAAAACAUCGUGCGUCGAGUGCAGUGGCGCCCGCUCCAAGCGGCGCGCCGCCCGCGCUGUGGAUGGAGUGGCCGCAGCCGCCCCCCGCGCAGCCGCCGCCCUCCCGCAACCCCUACCAUCUGCUGCGCUCGGCCUUCCCCGCUCUGAAUGACAUCUCGAACCUGCGCCUGUCGACCCUGAGCGUGGAGCGCGUGUGCAGCGUGGUGCGCGAGGGGCUGGGCGAGGGCGGGCUGCUGGCGGCGGCGGCGCUGCUGGAGAACCGCGUCUGCGGACUGGCGCUCUCCGUCUGCAAACUCGAAGACCUGCAACCGGUAUUGAAACUACCUUUCGGUGACUGGGAACUUUUUAAAUUGCUGAUUACGAAUUUGCGUGAACUGGAAGCUAAUAUGCCCACAAACAUGCCAGCCGUAACCGUAAACUCGGAGAAAACAUCGGAGAUCGAGCCGGAUUCUAGCAAACCUCGAAUGGCGGUGGAACACCAGCGAAGCCGACCCUCUAAUGUUGAGAAACAGCCAUACGCGGAAUAUCAGGUGACACUGGAGGAGCAGAUGAUCUGCGGCGCCCUGCAGACGCUGAGCGAGGAGGUGGUGGAGGAGGUGGCGCAGUCCGAGAGCGGCGCCGACCCAGACGACGAUUCGACGCGGACUCACGACCGGCGCGACCCCUCCAUACUGAAGGGCGGCAGCGUGCGGCGCCGCGACCCGCCCGCCGUCACCUUCAACUUCGAGAACGAAGAGGAGUCGGACGACGACGGACAGAUCACGUUCAGCGCACGCCCGCGGCCCUCCGCCCUCUACCGGCCGCGUCCCGCCCCGCGCCCCUCCUCGCCUCGCUCCCGCCCCUCGUCCCUACUCGUCGCGAACGAAGACAGCGUGGAUAGCGCCCGUCUCGCCGCGCGAUCUCGCUCCGUCGAGGACUCUUCUCGGGCACCUUCACUCGAUCAACCACUGGAUCUCAAACUUCGUAGCUUGCGCAAAACCGCUGAGAUCCUGCGAAAGGUCAGUUCUGCCGAGAGACUCACGAGACUUCGCGAUAAAAUAAUAUCGAGAAACGGAUCCCGAGACCGCAGUCCGCCGCGCGAAUACGCGACCAGCGACGACGAGUCUGCACCGCUCGUGUCAUCGGACGACGCUCGAGCCGUGCCCUCGGGCGGCGCCCAGCUGUCUCCGCGCUCCGACCUCACAGAACUCGAGUCUCCGCGCUCCAGGGACGCGGCCUUUGAUCUGCUGCCGGAGCACAAGGCUAGCGAGAACCGUACGACGCGCCCCGACCUUGAACGCUCCGGCAGUUGGGCGUCCGUCUCCAACAUGGUGGAGCCGUACAACAUGCGGCUACUGUCGCACGGCACAGCGGACGGUUGCCGGUCGCUUUGGCGGCAGGACGCCCUCGACUCGGACCCGCCUUGGCCGUGGGAUGAUGAACCGGAUUCCGUGGUUUGAUGGCAUUGCGGAGUUGCGUUUAUCCAGUUUUAGCCUGCGGCUACGUUUGAGCGACAUAUACUUCUGCGGCUUCAAAGGCCGAAUCGUCACAAUAUAUUACGAAUGUAUUUCGUACUUUAUUUUAUUCAGCUUUGAAAUAUUAUCAAGCAUGUACUUAGUGUUAGUACUUACAAAAUAAAAAAGCGUCAUGCUGACGUGAAUUUAUAAUGCAUUUCAUGUUCACCAACGAUUGUGAUAUUAUGAAAACGUUAAAUAAAACUUUUUGGUUGGAAACGUA